AUGUCUUUUCCGUCCAUCUUAUCGCAGGAUAUCACAGAUGAUAUUACACCACCAGCAAAUUCCUCUGCGUUAGGCUCAAGAGAACAGCUUGUUUUCAGGGCUUAUCAGAAUGAACCUUGGCUGGCUGGCAUAGCUCAAAAUCUUAUCUUAGACAAAAAACUAAUCGUCGUAGAUAGAGAACUGCUAUUCCAGGUGCUGAUGGUGGAGAAUAUCACCAAAUCCAAGCUGACACUGAUCGAUGACAUAAAGACCAGGUUGAAUCCGAGAAACCAGAAGGUGGACAGACUACGAUCAGGGCCGCAAGUGAACAGCGCCAAGAAAUACGAGGUCAUCACUCAGGUGAAUAUGGAGGAUGAAGGGAACGGAAGUGACAACAAUCGCGCCAGCAAUAACAACAAUAAUGACAGCACUGCCAAGAACAAGGCGGUGUUCAAGUUGACGCUGCAGAAUAAAUCAGGUGAUGUCUUCUUUGCAAUCAACUCCACUCCAAUAUCUUGGAGCUCCUGCACGCUGGGCUCCAAGAUUGUGAUAUUACCGGGAACCGUGUUUAGCAGAGGCGUUUUCAUAUUGAAGGACUCUCAAGUCAUUUUUCUCGGCGGCAUUAACAGAGUUUGGAACGAAAAUAGAGAUCAGAAACUUUGUGAUUAUUUGGAAUCUAAACUACGGCGCGACAAACAAUUCGUGAAUGGCGGUCCCAGGAAAAGGAAAGCCAAUGAUUAG